CCCGAUUUUUUUUUUUGUACCAGGAAUCGAACUCGGGACCUUGCGCUUGCGAGGCAGGCGGAGGAACCACUGAGUUAAAUCUCCGGCCCUUCUCUCCUGAUUCUUAACUGCCACCCUGCAGAAGCUCAGAAUUUCGACUGAGGUUUCAUUAAGGGUCUAUAAAUCCCUAUCCUGCGACCCCAAGGCUGGCGUGCUUUCCUCCCUCGAGGUCGAUUCAGGACAUCUGGAGCCAUGAAGAGUGAUGCCGCGAUCUCUGCGGGUCCGCUGAAGGGGCUCGGGGGGCCUCUGCGGAGCAGCGAGCGGGCGCGUACAGCCAUGGCGGCGUCCCCAGUGGUUCACUUGCUGGAGGAGGCCGCCGACCUCCUGGUGGUGCACCUCGACUUCCCCGCGGCGCUGGAGACCUGUGAGCGGGCCUGCCAGAGCCUUGCCCGCGACGCCCUGGGCGAGGAGCCCGCGGCCACCUCCUUGGAGGUGAAAUGCUCCUUGUGUGUUGUGGGGAUUCAGGCCCUGGCAGAAAUGGAUCGGUGGCGGGAAGUCCUCUCCUGGGUCCUUCAGUAUUACCAAGUCCCUGAAAAGCUGCCCCCCAAAGUCCUGGAGCUGUGCAUUCUUUUAUACAGCAAAAUGCAAGAGCCUGGAGCCAUGCUAAAUGUGGUCAGUGCCUGGCUCCAAGACCCAGACAACCAAGGUCUUCCAGAAUAUGGCAUCUUGGCUGAACUUCACCUGCAGCGGGUACUGCUGCCACUGGGCCACUUGGCAGAGGCAGAGGAGCUGGUGGUGGGCUCUGCAGCCUUUGGUGAGCAGCAGCGGCUAGAAAUGCUCCAGGCUGUUCGUACAGCGAAGCAGCAGCAGAAGCAGGAGCGCUCAGGCUUCCAGGAGGUGCUGAAGACAAACCAGGAAGGCUCCUUCUCUCACAAGUUCCUGUCGCUGCUUAUGUUGCUUCGCCGGCUUUGGGACUCUGCAGUGAGCCACUUCCUUUCUCUGCCCUUCAAAAAGAGCCUCCUGGCUGCCUUGAUUCUCUGUUUCCUGGUGAUGAGGUUUGACCCAGCUUCUCCUCCUUCCCUUCCCUUCCUCUAUCAGCUGGCUCAGCUCUUGCACCGGAUCCGGAAGGCCAUGUUUGCUCAUCUCUACCAGCUCCGGCUCCGUGACUGAGUGGUCUUCCUCAUGUGCCUUGGCCUCUCACUCCACAUCUGCACCUCAGGAGCAGGGUAGCAGGCCUGGCUCCUGUUGCCAGCUGGGCUGCUGUGGGAGUAGGGCCAGCACAUCCUAGGAAAAGCUGACCCAGGCAAGUGAACUGUGCGUCACUGUGGCAGCGCCCUCCCUGCUGUGCCCCACUGUGGCUGGCUUAGUGGGGCUGUAGGGCACAACUGUCCAGAGCAGCACUUCCUACACCCAGAGGCCCCUCGGAAAGGAGGGGUUUGGGGAACAGGGAAAUGGGAACUGGGAAAUGUCCCUUAAACAUUCCAUGUUCUUGCCAAAGCAAGGGAUGACUUUUUGGGCUAAGGUGUUAGCAGAGCUGGAAGUUCACAAAAACCCUUGACCUCUCACUGCCUUGAAAAAUUUAUUUCUGACAGUUGUUCCACAAGACAGUACCUUAACUAGAGAGAGUCUGGGACAGCUGCUUUCUUCUCUCCUAUGCGCCUCUCAGAGAUCUGGUGUAGUUAAUGUGUCAGUCCACUGUCCCACGGUCCUACUGUAGAAGUGAGCCCUCCCGGUGCUCGAGGCUCUCACUGUUCAGAUGGGAAAGGCUUUUGGAGCCACUCAGGUGACUGCUGUAAGUGGAGUGGGCCUGCUCAGCCCUUAUCAGUGGGUAAACUGAUCUUACUUGGAGCCGCUUGGUCUUCAGCUGUUUUCCAGUGUGUUGGUAGCCAAGGCCUGCUCUAUUACACUCAGUGUCUGCCCACUCUUUCUCCUGCCGGCUCUGCCCUCCCACCCUACAAACUGCCCCAUGGCUGUUUCUCUAGGUGGCCUGCUUCCUCACCUCCUUGGUGCACAACAUGGCUGCCCCCACCUCCAUGUCCUGUGUCCUAGAUAUGUCCUGUGGUUUGUAGAAUGCCCAAGUUUUUCUGCUCCUAUGGCCUUGAAAAGUAGGCCAGCCUCAGAGGCUGAUGAGCUGAAAAUGGAACUGGGUAAUCAGGUGAGCUGGAAGGGGGCUGGUCAGAGCGAGAUGUGGGCUCUAAGGCAGUGAACAGUAAACCUUGUGGAGGAAGUGCUGGAGUCCUGGGGUUGAGGAGUUGAAAUGCUCAGUGUUUCUUCUCACCAGCCACAAGAUUCUUACAUGCUCUGUGUAAGUAAAAGGGAAGCACUGCUGGUUGUCCGGACCAUGAAAACUCCUUGCCAGGCUUGCCUCUUCUCAGCCAAAGGCCAAGCAAUCCAACGUGCUGGGACCCCAUUCAGUGCUGAUACCAAGAGUAUGUGAGGUGUGUGUUCACUGAUCAGUUUGCAGAGAUUGUGAGUUAACAAGAUUUUAGAAAAAGAAAACUUCACAGGCCUUUGGAAUUAAAUCUGAAUUCCUGGGACAUGGUCCAACUCUGUAGAAAAUAAAUCUAUACUUUAUAUAGGAUUUAAAUAGAACUUAGGUCCCUGGGGAGAGGAAGAGAGUCAGAUAAGGUUUGAUGUCCUCCUUUAGAAUGACUUUAUUCUCUUUCUCUCUCUGUCUCUGUCUCAUUUGGAGUCUUACUAUGUGGGACUUGUGCAGCUCAUUUAGGAUUUCUUAAAAUGAAAAUUCUGUCCCAUUCACCACACUGGAGAAAAUUCUGUAAUGGUUUGAUGGCCACUGUAUAAAAUCUGGAUUCUUCUGCAUGGAACCAAAGCCCAUUAUGUGCAUGUUUUGGCUCACACUUCCACUUUGCUGUGCGGCCUCUUCCUUGGGUACGCUGCCUUCAGCUGCUGGACAGACAGGACUUCCUGAAUCACACACUCCCUCGACCUCUUGAGUAGUCACCUUCUUGCUUCAGGGCCUUGCUCCCACUCUGCCUCAGUGUCCUGGACUUGCUCAAGGGGUGCCUCUGGGAAUCCUCUCCUGAGUCUUUCUUCAUCCAGGUCCCUGCUUCAUAGCCCUCCUGCGCUGGUACCCUUGUAGUUAUGGAAUUCCUCCUUGCUUUCCAUGCUGUGCACUGUGGGGUGAGGCUGUGGCAGCAUUUAGUCAGGCUCAGAUCCUGCUCUGCUGUGGUGUGUGCAUGCAUGUGUGUGUGCAUUCGUGCAUGCAUGCGUGUGUGCAUGUGUGCGUGCGUGCGUGCAUGUGCGCGUGCGUGAGCUAGAAAGGGAUUUACCUUUCUUGGCCUCAGGGUCAUCUGACAGUUCUUAGCUCAUGGGAACUUUUGGGUGAGUGAAUGAGAUGGUGCUUAGGAAGCGCUUAGCAUGUUCUGCCCUGAGGGAGAGCACCUGUGGGUGAUCACUCACCUCAGGUCCAGCUGUACCCAGUGCCCAGCUGGGAGCUGGGAGUGAGAGGGGCUCAGAGGGGUUAGUCAGUGGAUUUACCCAACUGAUAUAUGAAGGCCAUGUGCUUGUGCUUUUGGUGAGUUUGCAUUGUUAAAAACCUGAGCAUAAAGAUUUGAUUAUGCCCAUCUCACUUCUCUCUCUCAAGUUCCCUUGUGUUCUGCUAACAGGCCUUUAGGGUCUGUUUGUCCUGGACCUUUCAGGGCUGUCUGGUACCCAGCCCCAGCUAUCUGCCCAGUCAGGUGAGGGACUCUGAACCCAGAACUCUGAACUCUGCUGCUGUGACCUUGACCCUUUCUAAAGAGGCAGCCUGGUGUUUAUUUUGGUUCUUAACACUGAGCUUAAUGCAGCUAAAGUGAAGGUAGACUUAUACCUGCACUCUCUUGUUAGACUUACCUGCCCUGUCCAAUAUAGCCAAAUGUAACUUUUGAGCAUUUGAAAGGUGGCUAGUCCAAAUUGAGGUGUUUUGUCACUGUAAAACACACACAGGAAUUCAGAGACCAAAUACUGAAAAAGAAUGGAAGCCAGGCGUGGUGGUGCACAUCUGAAAUCCCAGCACUUUGGGAGGCUGAGGCAGGAGAAUUGCAAGUUUAACCCUACCCUGGGCAACUUAGCAACUUAGCAAGGUCCUGUCUCAAAAUAAAAAACAGAAAAAGGCUCGGUCGGGAUGUAGUUCAGUGAAGGCUUUGGGUUCA